GAAGAACCCGGAAGUGACGCGUUGUUUCGCGCUGCCUCGUCCACAUGCGGUUUCUUCCACAUGAUGUUUAAUUCUGGAAGAGUUUUUGUAAAGAAACGCUGAGGCAGGAGAACAGGAGGAGUCCUGCUGCGAGUUUAAGACGGUUUGCUGAGAAGAUGCUGAGUGAUGCUGAGGCUGCAGAGCUGCUGGCCUUCCUGACGCCCAGCACCCGGCCGGACGUGAAGGGGAAGGCCACCAAGUACAUCCUGGGGCUGUCUGGAAGCAGAGAUGGCUGCCGGUUCCUGCGCUCCAAACCCGACCUGUUAGCUGCUCUGUUUGCGCUGACCUCCGACCCCUCUGUUGCCAUAGUGAAGGACUGCUACCACAUCCUGAUCAAUCUGUCAGCUGAUGAGACUCUGCACCAGGUUCUGGUCUGUGAGGUUCAGGUUCUUCCGGUUCUGUUGAAGAACCUCCAGGAUCCAGAGUUUCUGUUCUCUGAUCAGAUCAGCACCGUCCUGUCCAACCUGAGCCGCCAUGAUAAGACCUGCAGGACCGUCUUCCAGGUCCUGCAGGAGGAGCUCGGUCUGGCCCAGCUGGUGGAAAUCUUCUGCAAUGAAAGCUUCAAUAGAAAGGCCAGGCUGCACUACCUGGGCCCCCUGCUGUCCAACCUGACCCAGCUUCCCGAGGCCAGGAGCCUCUUGAUGGACCGGGACAGGUGUGUGAUCCAGCGUUUGCUGCCGUUCACUCAGUACGAGGCGUCGGUGGUGAGGAGGGGCGGCGUCAUCGGCACGCUGAGGAACUGCUGCUUCGACCACGCUCAUCACGCGUGGCUGCUGAGCGACGCCGUGGACGUGCUGCCGUUCCUGCUUCUGCCUCUGGCCGGCCCGGAGGAGCUCACCGAGGAGGAGAACGAAGGUCUGCCUGUGGACCUGCAGUAUCUGCCAGAGGACAAGCAGCGAGAAGCGGACCCCGACAUCAGGAAGAUGCUGCUGGAAACCCUGCUACUGCUGACAGCGACUAAAGCCGGCCGCCUGACGCUGCGACAGAAAAACGUUUAUCCCAUUGUGAGGGAACUCCACCGCUGGGAGAAGGACGUUCAUGUCGGCGCCGCCUGCGAGAAACUGGUCCAGGUGCUGAUCGGAGAUGAGCCGCAGCACGGCAUGGAGAACCUGAUGGAGGUGGACAUCCCGCAGGAUGUGGAGGACAAGCUGAGGGAGGAGGAUGCCAAGGAGCAGCAGGAGCUGCAGGAGGAGGAGAGAAGGAGGAGAGAGGAAGAGAAGUAGAAGAAGUGAAACAAAGGACUGAUCCGGUCUUCAUCUUCUCCUGUUUCCGUCAUCAGCAGCUCUUCACUGAACUCUGGCUGCUGAUCCUGGUUCCAGUCCAGCUACUGACGUCUCUGUGUCCAUGUAGAGACGGAGGGACAAACUGACCUUUGACAUUCAUACAAAUAUAUCCCAAAUAUAGCCCAGUAAACCCAGCAGCGCCCAGUAAACCCAGCAGCGCAUUUAUCAAUUUAGUCUUUCCAUAGAAGAAAAAGCAGAUCCAACGUUAGAUGUUAUUUUAUUUUACUGCGUUAUUUUGACAAAAGUUCAUACUCCUACAAUUUUUUUC